GUUUGGCUUGGAUCCUUUUUAAAAACAAACCCUUUAGAGAGAGACAAAGCUUCGUCAGGACAAUGAAGCAAAAGAUGCGUAUCAAGUUGUCAGAGAACAGUGACAAAUGCAGGAAGAAAGCAAUGAAAGCAGCUGUAGUUGCAAAAGGUGUAACCUCAGUGGCUGUGGAAGGAGAAUUUGAUGACAAGCUUGUGGUGGUUGGUAAUGAUGUGGAUGCGGCUCGUUUGGUAAUUGAGUUGAGGAAGAAAGCAUGUUUUGCUACUUUAGAGACUCUUGAAGAAGUAAAGCCGGAGAAGAAGAAGCCACAAGUCGAUGAAAAGUCCGUUACACCGAAUUGCUGCAUCGCUCAAUGUCCUGUGGUUCACAACGAGCAGCCUAGGUCUGAGAUUUAUAGAGUAGUGUACGACUCUUACGGUCCAACCACUGGAUGCAGAAUCAUAUAA